UCCAAUCUCGGGAGAGGACGGAGCGCUCUCCUGCCGUGUGUGGCCGCCCGGGGCCGGCUCCCGCCGGCAGGGGGCGCCCCGCGCUCGCCCACCGCCUCAGGCCCCGCUCGGGUCUGGGGCCUGUGCGGGGAACGCCUCUGUGAGUGGUGCUUUGGGUGUCCAUCCAUCCACCCACCCAUCCAUCUAUCCAUCCAUUCAUGGACCUUCUUGUCACCCCUUACACCCCACAAUAAUUGCCGUCUUCUCUCUGUUAUGUUUUACCCGCUUUUUUUACACUGCUUCCACUACCUGAACCCUCACCACACUGUGCCUCGCCUCACGUCUCAAAGGGUGUGGCUUGUAGGAGCACAAAUUAAAGCACCUGUGUUGUGUUUACAGGUCAAAAGUUACAAAUAGAAAUUAUUAUUUGGAAUAUAAAAGCAGUCACUCAAGGAGAAGACAAGCCAAAACAUCAACUGAGGCCACAGAAUUUCAGUCAGAUGUUUAUGGUGAGAACAUGUGCAUGCAUGAAGAAAUGAACUGAAGGCAUUAGCACAGUGGUUCCCAACACAAGAUGGCUUUCAUAACCAUGCCAGUCACAUCAGAUAACCAAAUAACCUGGACAGCCUUAUGUUUUAUUCCGGUGUGCUAGAUCUGCUAAAAUGCAAAUCAUUGCCUCAACACAGCAGAAAGGCCGAGAGAGAUCAUGUGACUUCAGAUGCGAGGCAGAUAACUUCAGCCCAUCUCUUUCUCUGCCUGAGAUUCAGGAGGCAUGGAGACAAAACAGCUUUUCAACACGGAAACAGCACAGCUGGAGGGCUGCAGCCAUGAGCUUUCACAUCAGGCUGGACGAUGAAAACAACAUUUUCCCCUGACUGUUUCUGAAGAGCAGCAUUCAAGAAAUUUCCUCUCGGGAAGCUGUGUAAAUAGGUGGAGAGCAAGUGCAUUGCAGCUCCUGAGCUCCAGAGUCCCAGAGAGAAUUGGAGCACCUGUUCUGCAGAGCUACACCCCUCAGGGGUUGCUUUCUCUUAAAAAAAAAGAAUCUUCUAAAGGUACUCUAGUACAAAAAUUCUCAGUAUUGCUGAAGCAGAAAGGAAAAAAAGGAGCACUAGGAAGAGCCCAGGAGCCCAAAGGAGUAUAGCCCUCAUCACUGGAGGAACAACACAGGAAAUGUGUAUAAUGCUAACAGCUGAGAGAAACAUGCUUCGUAUCAGCAGCAAUUGAAACGGAUGGGCAGCAUCGUUGGAACCAUGGGGUGCAGCAGUUCUGUCGCUGACAGAAGGUCAGAGAAUGUCAUUAGAGCUGCAAUCCUCAUCCAGAAGUGGUACCGCUUCACCAUGGCCCGCCUGGAGAUGAGGCGCCGCUACUCUCUCAGCAUCUUUCAGUCAAUCGAAUAUGCUGAUGAGCAGGAUCAGCUGCAGCUAUCCAACUUUUUUACAUUCAUGCUGGAUCAUUGUACUCAUCCUGAUUCAGUUUCUCAAAUUUUCACCAGCCCUAGUGCUCCUCAGGUGGUGGAUGAAGACUUAUGUUUAAAAGAAUUUGAAAAGAAGAUUGAUGUUCCAGACUCCUAUUGUGGACCACGACUCUCAUUCCCCCUUACUGUUGAAGAUGCCAAUGCUCUCCUUCAUGCUUUCAGGAAUGAACAGCUGCUUCAUGCCCGCUAUGUACUGCAGCUGCUAAGUGAAACUAGGAGGGUUCUCAAGGAGAUGCCAAAUAUUACCCAUCUUUCAACUUCCUACUCCAAGGAGAUAACUGUCUGUGGAGAUUUGCAUGGAAACCUGGAUGAUCUUUUGCUGAUAUUCUAUAAGAAUGGUCUGCCUUCAGAACAAAACCGCUAUGUCUUUAAUGGUGAUUUUGUCGACAGAGGGAAAAAUUCUAUGGAAAUACUUAUAAUCCUAUUUGCAUUUCUUCUGAUCUAUCCCAAUGAUUUACACUUGAAUAGAGGAAACCAUGAAGACUACAUCAUGAACCUGAGAUAUGGAUUCACAAAAGAAGUUUCAAAGAAGUACAAGGAACAUUGGAAACAGAUUUUGUGUCUUCUGCGAGAUGUUUUUAGCUGGCUUCCCCUUGCCACUAUAAUUGAUAGCAAAGUUCUUAUACUACAUGGAGGGAUUUCAGACACGACAGAUUUGGAUUUCCUGAAUGCACUUGAGAGAAAUAAGUUGAAAUCUUUGAUGCGACCACCAAAGUCAGUGAGAAACAGACAGGACCAAGUGAAGAAGAGAAUUCCCACGACCAAACCCAGUAAACACAUUGCCAACCAGCAUGUUGCAGGGAAGACACAACACAUCUCCUCAUCGGGCUUCACUGAGCCUUCAGGUUCAAAUUUGCCUCCAGACCCCGCCCUGAAGGAAUGGAAACAAAUCCUUGACAUUCUGUGGAGUGAUCCAAGAAGCCAAAAUGGCUGCACACCAAACAAGUGUCGAGGAGGAGGCUGUUACUUUGGUCCUGAUGUCACUGCCAAGCUGUUUGAGAGAUAUAAUCUGAAGAUGCUCAUCAGGUCUCAUGAAUUUAAGCCAGAAGGUUAUGAGAUCAGUCAUGAUGGGAAGGUUAUCACCAUAUUCUCUGCCUCUAACUAUUACGAGGAGGGCAGUAACCGGGGCGCUUACAUCAAGCUGAAUCCCGAGCUGAGCCCGCGCUUUGUGCAGUACCAGGUCAGCAAGCUCACGCGCAGGCAGAAUCUCCGGGAGAGGGUAGGUACAAUUGAAUCAUCUGCCCUAAAGUCCUUACGAGAGAAGAUUUAUGCACACAGGUCUGAACUCAUCAGUGCUUUUGCACAAUACGACGUCAAUGGCACAGGCAGGAUUUCUGUCAACGACUGGGCUGCAGCGAUGGAGUCUGUCCUACAGCUGGAACUGCCCUGGAGGAUGCUGCGGUCUCACUUGGCACAGAUGAACCCAGAUGGAGAAGUUGACUUCAUGUCAUGCUUUUAUGAUUUGAAAAUGGGUCAACCUAUAAAAGAGGCUCAGCCAGCUUUGGCAGAAACACUGUGCAGAUACAGAAAGGAUCUGGAGAUCAUCUUUAACAUCAUUGACAAAGAUCACUCAGGUUUGAUUUCUCUUGAGGAAUUCAGCCAGACAUGGAGACUGUUCACUUCUCACCUGGGCAUUGAUAUCCAGGAUGACUCCAUUGACAAGUUAGUCCUCAGCAUAGACUACAACAAAGAUGGCCACAUUGACUUCAAUGAAUUUUUAGAGGCAUUUCACGUUGUUCACAGACUUGAAAAAAAGGCAACCUCAUGAAAAGGCAGAACUUCUUGUGGGUUGCCUUGGAAGCUCAGCUUGCUGUCAUUAAUCAUAAAAGGGUCACAGUGCAAGCCUUUAUUUAGCCCUUCCUGGAUGAUCUGUACCUGCUAAUAAUGGGAUAGAGGAGGUGAAAAACCACACUUACAGUAUUACUGUGUCACUGCUACACACUGCCAGGACCUUACAAUUCCUACCCUCCUCUCCCCCAUCAAUCCAAUCUCUGAACAUUGCCAAGGUCAUGCCUACAGCUGUGUAGGGAGAGAGACUUUGGUAUGUGCCUGCCAGCAAUCCUUAGUGACAGCUGAGAGCAUUGAUAACCACAAGGGGCAUAUCAGACCCAGCCUGGUGAUGGAACAGGCACUAGUGAGGCUGCCUGGGGGGUGUCCAUUGCAGGAGAGGAAAACAGCAUCUGGUUAAAAUGGACAGUUCUGCAUUUAAUCUUACUCUUUGCAUGAUGCAGAGGAAUUAAAUUAUUCCAGGUCAGCCUCUUUAUCGUUCUAAAUAUUACAUGCACAACUUAGAGGAUCUUAGUUGAAAGGUGUUUACACUUGCUCUAGAUUUCCUCUUGCCUCUAGCUACUUUGUCCUCCAUUUGUUGGGAUUUGGAACUAUGAAACAAUCAUAACUGUUUUUGAGAUGGAGCCAGGCUCUUCACAGUGGUGCCAAGCAAUAGGGCAAGAGACAAGGGGCAGAAACUGAUGCACAGGAAGUUCCACCUGAACAUGAGCAAGAACUUCUUUGUGCAGUGACUGAGCACUGGAACAGACUGCCCAGAGAGGCUGUGGAGUCUCCCUCACUGGAGAUAUUCAAGAACCAUCUGGAUGUAGUCCUGUGCUAUGUGUUAUGGGAUGAUCCUGUCUGAGGGAGGUUGGGCCAGAUGAUUCAUUGUGGUCUCUUCCAACAUGACCCAUUCUGGGAUUUGGUGAUUCCGUGAUAACUCAUGACCUUGAUGAAGGCUAAAUCCACAGCAUGUUAAUGCAACACAUGGUAGAUCACAGAAUAAAGCUUUAGCUUUCUGGGCAAUGCCUAA